AUGACGGGAGGCCGGACUAUUGGCAUGCGCAAGCUUCCUGAACGUCACCUUCGUUUCUCGGCGCUUUGGAAUGCCCCCUUCCUGCUGUCACAGUGCACAGAGCUCCGGUUUUCCGGAGAUGAGGUGCCUCUCCACUUCUACGGUGCCGUUCACUUGGUUCGAUUCCUUGAGGGUGUUGCCGGAGACACGUGGAAGCAGGUCCACAUGGAACAGCGAUUGAACGAUUGCAACGCAAUGGCAUCCCCAGAGGACUCGUCGGAGAUGAACGAGGAGGAAUUCACGAAGAACCUCAUCACUUUCGCUGCUUGUGGCGCAGCUCUGGCUGAUGCGGCAGUCUGUCUUUACUUCAUGAGACGGCUGGCCAAAUCGUGA